AUGUCGACUUUCUCGGUGGUGGACUCGUUCCACAACGCACUGCGCAAAGAUGAGGACUUGCCUAUGCCGAUUGCUGCCAUCUUUGCCCUGUCAGAGAUGAUCGGGCAAUCCAAAGCGGCGACGACCUCGGAGCUCAUGGAGAGCAUCAAGGAAGCGAGCGAAGAGCUAAAAGCGAGUCUUACGAAUCCUAUCCCUGCCACAGCGGGGCUGGAACUGUACAUGCGCUUUGUCACCACCAAAAACUGGGCUGGAGGUGACUUUGCAUCGCACAAGCAAAACUUGAUUUCCACGGCCACAGAGUUUGCACGGAACACAGUGCCCAACUGUCGUGAACGCAUUACGCAGCUGCUUUUGCCCUUUAUUAAGGAUGAUUCUGUGAUUAUGACACAUGGGUACUCACGAGUCGUCAUGCAAGCCUUGCUCACGGCCGUCAAGCUACAUGGCAAGCGCAUUCGCGUGUACGUGACAGAGAGUCGCCCUACAGGCCAAGGACUGCGUACAUAUGAGCGACUUCGUGAAGAAGGGAUCCCAUGUACAGUCGUACUGGAUACGGCUGUGGCGUACAUUAUCGAUCGUGUGGAUAUGUGCUUGUUAGGCGCAGAAGCUGUCGCUGAAUCGGGCGGCAUUUUCAACGCGAUUGGAAGUUACCAAAUGGGCAUCAUUGCCAAAGCAGCGCAGAAGCCCAUGUUUGCGCUGGCAGAGAGCUUCAAAUUCAUGCGUCUAUUCCCUCUUUCUCAAUACGAUGUGCCGAUUUCGGCACGCCGCUUGCCUUUGCCGAGCGUGAACGAUGCCUACGAAGCGCCAGAGAAUGGCCAAAUGACACCUGCGAUGGAAGCGCUGAAUCCUUUGAUUGACUAUACCCUGCCUGAACUACUCACGUUCAUUGUCAGCGAUGUAGGCAUUCUCACACCAUCCGGUGUCUCGGAUGCAUUGCUGGCCGUCUAUGGUGGUAACUAG